UCACCGCCAUUCCGAAGACGGGCCGUUUAUGUUGCGUCAUCAGUGUGCGCUCUGAACAGGAAGUUGCUCCCAGCUGCAGACAAGAGAAUUGAAGCCAGGGAGAGUGAGAUAUGGUGGAGAUGGGUUUAGAUUUGAGUCCAGGGAGUAUGUGGGAUUUGGAUGUGCAAGUCUGAGGGAAUAUGACUGGAAAGAUGUUCCAUGGAAAUUGCAAUUGUCUGAUCUGAAUUUCUGUGCUGGACUGACAGUGAUGAUCUGUGUAAACGUCUGUGUUUUUAAACACUUUUUCAAUAGGGAGUAGUUACAGACGUGAGACUCCAAACCGAUAUCACAUCAAGAUCUGCCUGAGUCACUUGAUUCAUCAGGAUCUGAUGGCUUCUGAAUGUGGAAGGAAAAAAAAAUGUUCUGUUUCUGGUGAAAGAUUUCAAACAUCAUCCUGUCUGGAAAAACACCGAGACACAAACACUGGAGUGAGAGCAUUCCAGUGAAUUGACGUGGGAAGUGCUUUAACCAAGUUUUACAGCUUGAAAAUAACUGCCACAUUUAGUGCGGGAGAGACUGUAUGCAUAUUGUGUGUGUGUGUGAACAAAACUUUGAUCAUCCAACCUGGAGAGGUGUCAGGACAACUGUAUGAUGGAGAAACCAUGUAAAUGUGGGGACUGUGGGAAGGGAUUCAAGUACCCAUCUCAACUGGAUAUUCAUCGACGCAGCCACACUGGAGAGAGGCCAUUCACCUGCACUCAGUGUGGGAAAAGAUUUGCUUACUCAUCCAGCCUCUAUUUACACCAGAGAGUACACACUCGCAAGAGGCCAUUCACCAACCUUGAAUGUCAGGAACGAUUUGAUGCUUCACCAAACCUCUCCAUUGACCAGGUUCAUUCUGACCAGAGACCUUUUAAAUGUCCUGACUGUGACAAGAGCUUUAAAAGCAAAUGGGAACUGCUUAGACACAAACGUACUCACACAGGGGUGAGACCUUAUAUCUGCUCCGUUUGUGGAAAGGGAUUCACUCAGUCAUCCUACCUUCUGACACAUCAACUUGUUCACACUGAUCAGAGACCUUUCCCGUGUUCCGACUGUGGAAAGUGUUUUAAAAGUAAAAAUGAUUUACAAGUCCAUCAACGCAUUCACACCGGGGAGAAGCCGUUCACCUGCACCCUGUGUGAGAGGAGAUUCAGACGUUUAGCCCAACUGCAGACACACCAGAGAGUUCACACUGAUAAGAGACCUUUUAAAUGUUCUGUCUGUGAGAAGAGCUUUAAAAGCAAACAGGAUCUGUUGACACACCAGCGAGUUCACACGGGGGAGAGGCCGUUUACCUGUUCUGUGUGCGGAAAGAGAUUCACCCGUUCAUCCCACCGUCUGAGACAUCAGCGGGCUCACACUGGGGAGAGGCCAUUCACCUGCUAUGUGUGUGGGAAGGGAUUCACUGAUUCACCACAGCUUCUAUUACACCAACGAAUUCACACUGGGGAGAAACCGUUCACUUGCUCCACAUGCGGGAAGGGUUUCACUCAGCCAUCCCAGCUCACUGAGCAUCAACAUGUUCACACUGAUCAGAGACCUUUCAAAUGUUCUGACUGUGGAAAGAGCUUUAAAAGCAAAAAGUAUCUGAUGACGCACCAGCGGGUUCACACUGGGGAAAGGCCAUUCACCUGCCUCGUGUGUGGGAAGAGAUUCACUCAGUCAUCCCAUCUACUGACACACCAACAGCUUCACACUGGGGAGAUGCCGUUCACUUGCUCUCGAUGUGGGAAGAGGUUCGCUCGAUCAUCCAACUUGCUGAGACACCAGAGAGUUCACAAGUGAUGUCAGGAAUCAGAUUCUGCUAUUUCUGUUGCUGUUAAUUACAUCCUGGUCUGAAUCAUGAUCAUUCUGAUAGUAAAAGUUCUUGACUAAUGGUACUAUUCCUUAUAACCAUGUUAUUACUUAAUAGCUUGGAUAGAGAUCAAAUAAAUCUUAAAGGGAG